ACGUCUAGUGACGUAAGCAGCUGUGGCACUUCCUCGUUUGUUUUCUGGGCUGAUGAACCGAAACCAGUCGCCCAAAUUCAGAAUGCAUCUGUCAAGGGUUGGAAUUUACAUGAAGAGGCGAAAGCGGGCCUGCUCUCGAGCUUGAUCAUUAUAGUCUUCCUCCAUCUGGCUGUCACUCUCUUUGCCUCUUCACAUCGGUGCUCAUUUCCUCUCCCUUCACCAACAUGCUGUGCUGGGGGAAUGCCAAGGAUGGGCAGUUGGGUAUUGGUGUGGAGAAGAACCCUGUGUUUGAACCGAGGAACUGUCAUGUGUUCAGUGGCAGGGGAUUGAAAGAGGUCGCCUGUGGAGGCCAGCACUCUGUGUUUCUUAUGCAUGAUGGCAGUGUGUACACAUGUGGCUCUAACAGCUGUGGACAGCUGGGUCAUGACAAAGCAGGGACUUCCCCAGAGGUUGUUGGGGCUCUGGAUACCCAAAAGAUUGCGAUGGUGUCAUGCGGUCGGGGGCAUUCGAUGGCAGUGAAUGAACAGGGUCAACUGCUUGCCUGGGGAGCUGGUGAUGGGGGACAGCUGGGACUGGGGACCACGGAGACGACUGUUCGAAUUCCCAGGUUGGUCAAAAGACUGUGUGACCAUCACAUCUCUCAAGUAAUGUGUGGGAAUCAGCACUGCAUCGCACUUUCUAGAGACGGCCAGCUGUUCACAUGGGGCCAGAACACCAGCGGGCAGCUCGGGUUGGGGAAAGGAGAGCCCAGCAAGCUGUUCCCUCAUCCUCUAAAGUCUCUGGCAGGAAUUCCUUUGGCACAAAUAACGGCAGGAGGAGACCACAGUUUUGCCCUCUCAUUGUCUGGAGCUGUAUUUGGCUGGGGCAAAAACAGAGCUGGACAACUGGGCCUUAAUGAUAAACAAGAUCGUGCCGUCCCAUGCCACAUCAAAUUUUUGAGAUCUCAGAAAGUUGUUUACAUCAGCUGUGGAGAUGAACAUACAGCAGCCUUGACAAAGGAUGGCGGUUUGUUUACGUUUGGUGAUGGCUCGUGGGGUCAGCUGGGUCACGGUUCCACCAAUAGUGAGCUUUUACCUAGACGAGUGCUGGAGCUCAUGGGCACCGAGGUGUCCCAAAUCGCCUGUGGCAGGCACCACACGUUGGCGUUCGUGCCUUCCUCUGGCGUGGUAUAUGCGUUUGGUUGUAACAGCCAUGGCCAGCUGGGAACAGGAAUACUGGGGGAUGCCAGAAGCCCAUUUCCUGUCAAGGCCAGUUUCCUGACUGGAAAAUUCCAUAGAAGAGAAUCAAAACAGUAUACCGUGACCAAAAUCAUCUGUGGAGGAGACCAUAGUUUCUUAUUGUACUCUAAUGAGCAGACCUCUGUCCCCUCGGAAGACUUCAGAGUGAUUAAUAUUGGAAAAAGUCUCUCACCAAUCAAUUAUGAAAGUUUGAAUUCGUUGAGGCUGAAACUGAUGUACAACACAGACUCUAGCGUCACAAAUGACGUCAUAGUUCAGCUGUCCUCGACGGCGUGCUGGAAUGCCAGCUUCUUGGACCAAAGUGAUGAUAUCCAUUUCAAAACCAACCCAAAGAUCCCAGGCAUCGAUCUCCACUCUGUCAGAAUGCUGUUUGAGACUCUGAGCAAACCAGCUUUCUCUGAACUCAUGGAGCAGGCCACCAAGAGUUUUGAGAGCCUGCUGAUCCCUCAGCUGCCACGCUCCCCUCCUGAUGUCGAGGCCAUGAGGAUCUACCUCAUCUUGUCAGAGUACCCGGCCCUGCAGGACUCCAAAAACUACAUCCGCCUCACUAUACCCCUAGCAAUGGCUAUUCUGCGGCUAGAUGCCAACCCCAGCAAAGUAUUGGACAACUGGUGGUGUUUCGUGGACGGCAGCGUGUUCACCCGAAUGGUCGACAUGUACAAGAGCAUUGUUGUCUUUAUGCUAACAGGAGGCAAGACGGUGCUCGUGCCCAUGUUCUAUGAGAACUAUUUUCUUGCUACUCUUCGGCUGCUGGAAAAGCUCCACAAGGUAAACUUGAAGGCACAACACGUGGAGUACAACCGCUUUUACAUCCCAGACAUCACCAGCCUCGUGGACAUCCAGGAAGACUACCUCAAAUGGUUUCUGAGUAAAGCUGAGAUUAAAGUGGGAUCAUCCCCUUCACAGAGUGACUUUCCCGCAGUAAACCUAUGUGCCUACCCGUUCAUACUGAACGCAAAAGCCAAGACAACCAUGCUGCAAACUGAUGCUGAACUGCAAAUGCAGAUGGCAGUAAGCGGUGCAAACCUACACAAUGUCUUUAUGCUGCUCACACUGGAACCCCACCUCGCUAGGAACCCUUACCUGGUGCUCCAUGUGCGCAGGAGCCAUUUAGUAAGCGACACACUACGCGAGCUCACCAUGUACUCUGACGUGGACCUCAAGAAACCACUCAAGGUGAUCUUUGAUGGAGAGGAGGCCGUAGACGCAGGUGGCGUAACUAAAGAGUUCUUCCUGCUGCUGUUGAAGGAGCUGAUGGAUCCCGUGUACGGGAUGUUCACUCAUUACAAAGAGUCCAACCUGCUCUGGUUCUCAGAUAAAUGUUUUGUAGAGCAGAACUGGUUCCACCUGAUCGGGAUCAUCUGCGGUCUGGCCAUCUAUAACGCCACAGUGGUGGACCUCCACUUCCCCCUGGCUCUCUACAAGAAGCUGCUCGAGGUGUCACCCACGCUGGAGGACUUCAAAGAGCUCUCACCCACCGAAGCCCGGAGUUUACAACAGCUUUUAGACUAUGAAGGAAGUGACGUGGAGGAGACGUUUCUUCUCAACUUUGCUAUCACCAGGGAGAACUACGGGAUGACAGAAGUCAAGGAGCUGAUUCCCGGAGGAGAGAGCGUCGCUGUGGACAAAAACAACAGGAAGGAGUUUGUGGAGGCCUACCUGCGCUACGUGUUCUCAGACUCCGUGGGGGAGCAGUACUCUGCCUUCUCCGCUGGUUUCCUGAAGGUGUGUGGUGGUGAGAUCCUGUCUCUGUUCCAGCCCUCCGAGCUGAUGGCCAUGGUGGUCGGCAAUAAUAACUACAACUGGGAGGAGAUGGAGAAGAACGCCGUUUAUAAGGGGGAGUACACCGCCACUCAUCCAACAGUCAGAUUGUUCUGGGAGGUUUUCCACGAGUUCCCUCUGGAAAAGAAGAAGCAGUUCUUGUUGUUCCUGACCGGUAGCGACCGCAUUCCCAUCCACGGCAUGGAGAGCCUGCGCAUCAUCAUCCAGUCUACCACAGCAGAGGAGCACUAUCUGCCCGUGGCCCACACCUGCUACAACCUGCUGGACAUGCCCCGCUACCAGACCAAAGAGAUCCUGCGCCGCCGCCUCACUCAGGCCGUGGAGCAGUACGAGGGCUUCAGCCUGGUCUGAGGGGAGUCCCAGAGGAGACUUAACGCACUUUAACAGCAAUACACCCCCACGUGAGUGUCAAGAGUGUGAGUGGGCAAUUUUUGGACACGGGAGGGUCACUCUGUUUAUAUAUGGUCUAACAAGAUUGUUAAGCAUCUUGAAUCUUAAAGGUCUAUGUAUGUAAAUGCAGAGUAUUAUUGCUUUUUUGCUUUGGGCAAAGUUCCUCAGCCUUCCAGGACCAUUUAGAGGAGAUUCAAAUGGCUGAUAGAUAACAGCCAACAUGGAAAUUAACCAAAAAAGCACUAAAUGGACUAAAAUGUGCAGAACAACCCUGGAUUAUGAAAACUUCGGGACCUAAACAGCAGGACCAGAGAAGGUUGAGAAACUCUUAAUUUUUUUUUGCUUUGUUUUGUUUGCAAAGCCGUGUAUUUUAUAUUCCUUAAAUUCUAUUUUUAAUCAUUAAAGAAUCAUGUUAUUACCUUGAGACAAUAUAUUGCUUUUUGUUACUUUUAAUUUAUUAAAUAGAGUGGUUAUUUUUUGACCGAAUUAACACACACACACAUAUGUGUAUAUAUAUAUAUAUACGUGUAUGUAAAUAGCACUUUGAAUAUAAUCUUCACUGUGAGGUUGGGAGGAGUGUUAGUCCCGCUGAUCCUUUUAAAUCUGCCACCAGCAUGUCCUCUAUGCCUGAUUCUGAAAGAGGACAGGGGAGUCAGGCAGGGAGCGAAGCAUGCUGAACAUCGUUUGCAAUCCCUCGUUCUGUUUUAGCUGUGGCUCACAGAGCAGCUGACUUUGUUCUUGAACCUACAUUCAACAGUGUUGCCUUUCUACAGCGAAACCUUCUGUACGGAUACAAAAGUUGAUUUUUUUUUUUUUUUUUUUUUGUAGAUGUCUGUGCAUGUUACUGAGUGAAAGCAAAAACCAGAUUGCCAUUUAGCAGUGACGUUUCUUGCAAGAAAAACAUGUCAGCUGAAUAUGAAGCAUCAGUUAGCAUCACUCAGACUGGAAGUGGUAGCAAAUACAUGUUUGGCUCCUUCAGAUAGACACAAAAAGAUCGCACUUCCUGUUGUCACAAGCAUGUAGAUGUCGCGCUUGCGGGCUGUUUAGUUAUAGAUUUUCUAGCUGAAAGGGGCCGCAUCAUCUCAAGACACCAUGAGAUGACUGUCUGUUUUUAUGAAUGAGGAACUGUAGAUACCAGGCUUUAAAUACACUUUGUAAUUGUAUAAAGUUGGGUGUCUUACUAUGGCAGUCAGUGGGGAUUAACUUAGCCUCAGCCUCCAGUGGCCACUACAGGAAUUGCAGGGUUUUUUUGUUGUUGUUUUUUUUAGCGCUUCCAGGUUUGCUUAUAAUAUCUAAAAUGUGACCUUGCCAUCAUACCUUUGCCCUCGAUGACAGUGCCUAGCAACAACAUAAUCACAGUAUGAAAGGUGGCGCUAGUCAAGCUAACACCACCCACGGAUAGUGAAGACCCCAGCUAAUCAUUUUUGCCUGAAACUAGACGUGAUGAGUGAGGAAACCGAAGGACAGUGAGCUUAUCCUGGCUAAUCCUCCUUUGUGACUAUAAAAUCAUUUAUGAAAUGAACUUCCUGUUUCUUUCAGUGUGAGCUAAAACUAACGACUGAGCCCAUAAACUACUGAGGUUGUCUACUGAGGUUACAGAGACAGGGAGCCCAGGGCGUGUUCUCCACAAGAGUCGCCCCCCUGAUGGCCAUUCUAAAGAAUCCAUAUUUUACUACAGUCUGUGCGAGCAACAGGUGAAGGACCCAGAAAAAGAGAGCACCUCUCAUUUAACCACUCUGGUUUCCAGCGAUACACACUCCAUGUUUGCCGUGGAUGCACGGUUGUUGAAGAACAGUCUCCUUGAUUAGUGGUAAUUUUAAUCGCUUUCAGGAAGUAUUUUGAAACAGAUUUUUAGAUACACAUUCUGAUAGUCUGGUCCCUGACACAGACGAGUAUCUGAAUACAAAGUCCUUCUUGGCCAACGCAGCAGUAUCUCAACAAACCAGGAGUUCGUCCUGUCGUCUGUGGUUUCUCUCUUCAAUUCCAUAUAGCCUCUUUCAGUAGACACAGUAGAUGGAAAUAUUCAGGAGGACACGACGAUCCCAAACUGUCCAAUCACAGCCAUCGCAGACUGUGUCCAUGUGGCGUGUAGUUACGGUGUAGGCUGCAGGGUUGCGUUUCAGAAUAUGUGCAGAUUUAGAAAUAUAAAUCCCCUGUAAAUCCGGGGACAACCCCAUCUCUAACAAAAAUGACAAAAAUGGUCAUUUUUGUGUUUAUGAAACUUUUCUCCCAGCCUUAUUCACGGUUCUUUUUUUCCCUAACAAACACUCUCAUGGCUUCUAUAAAAUGAUGACUUAGACCUCAGAGGGUUAAACAAACUUUGGUCAUUUUUGAUCAUCAGAGCGGCUCUCAGUUGGAUUUAUUCACCGUGUGACGGAGCCAAACUAGCCGUGUUUUUGCUAGGCCAAGCAAACCGAUUCCUCUGUAAUGACAUUUGAACCGAUUUGCUAAGAAGCAAAUAAAAACAUGUCCCAAAAUGUCACAUAAACCUAAAUAUACAAACAUUAGAGUUAAUAAUUGUUAUUAGUCUGGUCUCCAAGUGGAGAUGAAUAUUUUAAGAGUGUGGGCAGAUGACUUAGUAAACAGUCUGCAUAUAAUAGCCAUUUGAUGAUAAACUGUACCCAUCAUAUUAUUCCAAAGGUCGCCCUGAUGAUGCAUAAAUAUUCCUGCGGUGACACCUCACAGUACAAGAUAACAUUUAAUUAGGUUGUGUAUUAGCGUGACGUGCGUGGAAUGGUCUCGCAUAUAUAUAUAUUUAUAUAUAUAUUUAUAUUUGUUUUUUUAUAUAUAUAUUUCAUACACGACAGUGGUGUUAAUGUGACUUUGGGCAGUAAAAUGACUCGAUGUGUUCUGACUAACACGUCCUCUCAGCAAUAACAACCUGAAGCAGCCCACUUCUGUACUCACAGCUCUGGGCCAAACAUAUAAAGGUCUCAAAUGCUGGCAGUUCAUCUUAUUGCUUAGUUCCAUACUGCAUGUACACACACACACACACACACACACACACACACACACACACACACACACACACACACACACACACACACACACACACACACACUUUCCACAUAUUCAAUCAAUAUUUGUCUGAUUAAGGCUCCUGCAGAGUUUAGUCCUAUGCAAAGGUUUGUGCAGCCCUUGACUUUUUUGCACCUUUAAAUGUGCUAGAGAAUAAGUUUGUUUUUUUUGUUUGUUUUUUUUUAAAUCAUUAUUUGUCUGAAAUUUACUCAAAGCUCUCUGUUCCAGCCAAGGUUUUCAAUAAAAUACAGUAUAAAAGCAAGACUUCU